UAUAAAUAUAGUCAUUAGCACCCAAACCCGAUCCUAUUAAAAACUUUGUUUCGAUUUGCGUUUACUGGCAUGCCGUCAGAUUAUAAUGUGACCAAGAGUCAUCUCAACUUUGAGAUCGCGAAGACUAUUUAUAGUUCGACCCAAUAGGCAGGGUUCUAUUUUUGUAUUAUAAUCAUCGAUGCGUUUUCAUUGUAUGCAAAAAUGUUCGUUGUUGACUUACAAAGUGUAUAUCAAUUAGAUCGUAAGAAAAGUCGUUUGUUCAUAAGAAAACUUUUUUGCUAACUUCACAAGUACUUGCUUGGUUUUAAAAAAACUCAGGCGGUAUAAAUGCGUCGCUUCUCAAUCCAAAGAACGCCGGUUCAGUCCUCAGUGAAGACGGAUUUGUUCAAAAUUCAAAACUCAUACUCUUAUUUUUAUCGGCUUAUCAAAUAUUCAAUAGUUUUAUAUGACUCAUAUUACACUCAUUGAUACAUACAACUCAAAAAGUUCGCUCUUUUACAACCAGAACCAAUCGCAUACUCGACAAUAUCUCCGCAGUAUCACGUAAAGCUUAAUCAGUAGUUAAUAAUAAAUAUUUAAUUAUCAACAGUCCUCGAGUAUAGUUAUCGCGCACUUGAAAAUCCCUUAAUCCUUAAAUCUUUAAUAAAUACUCAAAAAUCGUAAUUCUUUAUGCACUUACCUCUGAGAGACACGUUCGAAGAGGCAAAAAUCACUUUAUUCAGUGAGCAACGUGCCAAUCAUCCGUGAUGUGGUUAAUUUUGUUAUUGAGUGGAUUCAUUGGUUGCGGCUUUGGACAGUCACGUAUAGGAUUUCUGGACUAUGUCAGGCCGCUGAGCAUCAGACGCGAAGAGGACCCAAAUGGAGCACUGGGAAAACUGCCUGUCCUUGACUUUUUGGGUUUAGUAACUCGUCAUGGCUAUCCGGCUGAGCAACACCAGGUCAUAACGACAGAUGGUUACCGAUUACGACUCCAUCGGGUUCCAGGAAGUCCAAGGUCACCACCAGGGCUUGGAAAACCAGUGAUUUUCAUACAUCACGGCAUAUUGGCAUCGUCCGAUGCAUGGAUCCUCGCUGGACCUGACAGGGAUCUAGUUUACAUAUUAGCAGACGCCGGCUACGAUGUCUGGUUAGCUAACGCACGUGGCAACACCUACUCUAGGUCACACGUUCACCUGUCACCAGAUCACGAUCCCGAAUUCUGGAAGUUCAGUAUACACGAAAUCGCUUUGUACGACGCGAGUCGUGCGAUCGACUUUAUUCUGGAGCGAACCAGCCAACAAUCCUUGAUCAUUACAGCCCACUCUAUGGGCACUACUGUGACUAUGAUUCUGUUGUCCAGUAGACCGGAAUACAAUGCUAAGAUUCGACUGGCUAUCUUUAUGGGCGGAGUUGGAUCCUGGAAACAUCCGAGAAAUUUCAUAAAGCUUAUCAAGGAGAAUGGACAACUUGUACAGAGCGUUAUUCGAGCAUUACAAAUAACGGAGUUCCUACCGCAGACUGAGGCAACCGGUGAGCUUCUCAAUGCUACUUGUCGAGAUGGCAGUCCUUUUCAGCAUCUCUGUACCAGCCUCACCCAGUUCUUCGUUGGCUAUGAUCCCGAUCUGCUCGACACAAAACUACUGGCUAAAGCGUACUCUUACCUCCCAGCAGGAGUAUCAGCGCAGACUUUGACGCAUAAUUAUCAGAAUAUAAAAGCUGGCAAGCUGCAGUUGUACGAUCAUGGCCCGGUCGGUAAUAUCGAACACUAUGGUCAGAAUACUCCGCCCCUCUACAACUUGGAGAAUAUCGUCAUACCUGUCGUUUUGAUCUACGGUAACGGCGACACUAUUGCUUCACCGGAAGACUCGUUGGAUCUGGCAAAUCGGUUGAGAUACGCGAGAGCAGAAAUAGUACCACAUGACGGUUUCAAUCACUUUGACUUUCUAUGGGCGAAGGACGUCAAGCGACUUCUCCAAGAUCGCAUUAUGCAGUUAAUCGAAAGCGCCGAAAAAUAUGGAAGCUUCAGUGUACUGUAAAUAAAUCCAUUAAAUGGCACAAUAAAUUCGUGCAUUAGAAACCAAAAAUAGCAAAAAA